CGGCCCCAGCCCGAUCCAGCAUUGCCGAAUGAACAUCACAAUCAUCCGCAGCACUGCCACUGCCACUUGGGAUAUCAGGUUCAGGUACGAGUACGUUGUGAUUGAGUUACGGAAUAGGGAAGUCGUAAUAGUUGCCACUUGUAUGAAAUAUAUCUUCAUUAUUGUGAAUCUCUACCUGCGGAUAACAUAAAAGAUGGAAUACGCGUUCCACCCGUUCGUCUUCUCCACAUCCGUACGCUGCGUACAUCCAUGAUCUGCGCCAGGAUCAGGGGCCCUUUCGCUGCAUCUUCCCUGUUUCGUCUCAUUUCGCCGACGACCUCGCUCGAUGCAUCUGUGAAGCUUCCCGAGCUUCCCCAGCUCGUCCACAUCGGGGCUGCGGAGCAGCGGAGGACCCUUUGAACUCACUUUGGGCGAACAUCCUUGCAUUGCCGACAAAUCUUGAUUUCUGUAGUGUACGAAUACCUGUCGCUUGCCUCGUCCCAUAACCAGCCAUGGCAGAUACAAAGACACAUGCCAAGAGUGUGCAACGACGAAAGAUGAGCAAGCCUUUUGACAAUAUACUCAACUUCAGAGAUGUGGGCAAGACGGUCAAUGAAUUUAUGGGAGAGAAGCUUGUUGCGGAGGGCAAGAUCUUUCGAUCAGCCAGACCAGAUGAUGCCACUCUCCUAGACCGGAAGCGCCUCAAAGACGAAUAUGGCAUCAAAACAAUCAUGGAUCUCCGUACAUUAACCGAACAUGCAAAUCAAGCCAAGAAGCGUGAAGGCGAUGUCAAGGUUCCAGCUCUUCUGCAAUCCAACUCCGCCCUUGCAGAACCAGUCAAGAUACCGGGUAUGAAAUACUUGGAGAUAAACGUCAAUGGAAAGGGGUUUGAGUGUCACUUGUUGUGGCGGUUGAAAUUCUGGAGCUUCCUGUACGUUCUAUUCCUCUUCUUCAUGGCCUUCCGUCUACUCCUCUUUCCUCACUACAAUACUAUUCUAUAUCCAAAACAUCUACCAACACUAACGCUCAAACCCAGCAAACUCGUAACCCUAAUGCUCUUCGGCUACCGCAUGGAAGCAAUCUCCAUCCUCGGCCGCGAAGUCAUGCUCCCACGCGGUCUAAUCGGUCUCGGCUACGACAGUCUCGACGCCUGCGGCCCCGAAAUCGCCGAAUGUCUCCAAGCCUUCACCGACCCUUCCCAACCACCCAUCCUAAUCCACUGCACCCAAGGCAAAGACCGCACCGGUCUCAUCGUCGCACUACUCCUCCUCAUCCUCGGAGUUCCUCUGGAGGCUAUUGCCCACGACUACGUGAUGAGUGAGCAGGAGCUGGAGUGCGAGAAGGAGAGUAGGAUGGUGGAGAUCAGGAGUAUUGGGUUGAGUGAGCAUUUUGCUACGUGUCCGCCUGACUGGAUUGAGUGCAUGGAUGGUCAUUUGCGAGAGAAGUAUGGAGGGCUGGGGAGAUAUUUGAGGAGAAUUGGGGUAAGCGAUGAGGAAGAAGAGGAGUUGAUUAGGGUUUUGGGGGUGGUUGUUUGAGAGUGAGGAGGGGAGAUGGAGACCAAGUCUAGGAUGCCAUAUAUCAACCUAGCACGGAGUUGGUCAGCAUCCGAAUACAGCAGUCGGGUGGAGGCAUGUCUCUAGAAUCAAUAAAUAUAGAAAUGUACGAUAUGCAACAAAGCCCUCGAAUCCGAUUCGAUCUCUCCAUUUCCAGAAUCCAAAAAUAAAUGUCUUUAAAAUCAAUAGUUCACAAAAAUGUGCGAAAUGCAACAAAACUCUCUCACCGUCGUUAAGAGCGAGAAACAAAAUACGAUACCUCAGACAUUUCCAAAACAUAUUCCUGUCUUGGAAUGAUGGAAAGAAUUGGCAGGAAUGACGGCUCGGGUACGAUGUGCAACAAGACUAUGCUCUCAAAUAAUAGAUGGAUAUUGUAGACAUGUCUGAGAUUAUGUCUUUGCGGGGAAUGCUGCUUGAAUGCGCUAGGGGAUUCUGGAAGUCGAGCUGAAUAGACGCCGGCGUGAAAGGCAAUAUCCACCAGUUCAAUUUACAGAUCACAGGCCAGGAUGAAGAAAGUAGAAAGUUCAGUGUGU